AUGGUGAGGGCGUGGGUGAUGGUGAGGGCGUGGGUGGCACAGGUUAACGAUAGUGGUAUCAACAGAGCUGUUAACGGCAGAGAUCAAAAGGGCCGCCAGUUGACGGACAAAACAGGUUUAAUAAAGAUGCCAGUUAACGCUGCAAGCCUUCCAGUGGCCGCCUAUGAGAAACCAGAAGAUGACCCCAAAGACACAAACACACAUCCGCUAUGUACAGGCGGUGAGAAGCCGCACAAGUGCACGGUGUGCGGGAAGGCGUUCAGCCAGUCGUCGAACCUCAUCACCCACAGCAGGAAACACACGGGUUUCAAGCCCUUCUCCUGCGACCUGUGCGGACGGGCGUUCCAGCGCAAGGUGGACCUCCGUCGGCACAAGGAGACCCAGCACACCGACCUCCGCGCCCAGCAGGUCACCGACAUGCGUUCCCCCGUCGCCGAGAUGAGGUCGCAAGUCACAGACAUGAGGUCGCCGAUCCCGGAUAUGAGGUCGCAAAUGACGGACAUGAGGUCGCAGAUGUCCGAGAUCAGGUCACAGAUGUCGGAUGUCAGGUCGCAGCAGCAGCAGCAGGUGCCGGAGGUCCGCAGCCCCGCCACUGGUCUGAGGACUCACGUUGGGGACCUCCACCCGCAUGUCAGCGACGUCAGAAGUCAGCUCACUACGCACGUCACUGACAUCAGGAACCCAAUCGGCGACAUCCGACCCUCGCUCAACGACAUCAGAUCGCCGGUCAGCGACACCAGGCCACAGGUCACGGAGAUUCGGUCUAAGGUCAGCGAGAAUGGGUCAUCCGGGGCCGGCAGUGACCUCAGAGGAACACCAAUACCGGAUUUUAGGUCACAAGUGCUUGACCUCCGACCCCCAGAACUGCGGCCUGUCAGUUAGGUUUUGCUGGACUAGUCAACUGUGAUCUCUGCUACACCUAACCUAACCAGCAGUUGCUGAGGCAGUCUCUUCCCGCUGUGACCUAGACAAGCGUCUGUAGUAAUUUCCUCAAGCUGUACUGACCUCCUUCAGCUGUUAUGACACCCAUCUCCAGCUGUUGUGGUGACCUCCAAUUAAUGCAGUGAACCCUCAACAGCUGCCGUAAGGUGUUGAGCGUCCCGCACAAAACGCAAUCCCUGAAAUGCUAUCGGAUUUAUUUUUGAAUCCGGAUCAUUCUAGGGUCAUUAUCCGGCUCAUCUCUAGCACUUGGCAAGGAGAGCCGCCGGAAAGCUGAGGAGCAGCGGAAGUACCCAACAUGCGCUGUGAGGCCCAGUUGAGUGUUGAGACAAAUAGCCUAAUAAAAGUGGUGUGGACCAGUU